UUUUCCUUCAUGUUGAUUCUACCUGUUGCAAAUGGAUUAUGGGGCCAUUCAAAUGCUUGAGGUUAAAGGUUAUAUCGGUGGUGAGUGUAGUUCAAUUCGCGUCUGUAACAACGCAAAGCAGUGUCUCGUGCACUAAAUGCUUUUUGUUCUUGCGUGAUCUAUGAUUAUUUUAUUUACUAUAUUGGCGUCUCUGACCGUAAAAUUUCUGGCUCCGUCUGCACUGGCUGGUUAUGGUCGUGCCAGGUAAGCUGCCGAGUGUCCCACUUUCCUUUGACCUCUUGUCGUAGAAGUAGGAGGCUCCUGCAACGAUCGGCAUCAUUCUGGACUGCACAAUCUUUGAAUUGGCAGGGAGGCUGUCCUGCACUCCCAGCUUGCCGACCUAAGUUCGACUCAGCGUCGACACUGGCACCACAGGUCCCACGGCCUGGCCAGCCCCUCAGCUCCAACUCUGGCCUCAAGGGCCAAUGCCCUCUCGGCCCCUCUUCCUCGGCCCUCGACCGUGGCUACUGUUGUUCACCACAAGGCAGACCCCUUCUCACACCUGAGGGUGGUCUUGUUGGUCGAUGAUGGCCAUUCGGAAAAACCGGAAGCGGUGCUGCCUCCUCCACUUCGACCGUGUUAUCUCUCGUCCUUCCGACCCUCAAUCACUCACCAACCAUGAUGCUCUGCCUUAUCCUAUUGCCCCUGUCCAUAAUUGGUCUACUGGUGAUCGCCCUAUAGACGUCUGCAACACGCAACUCGAGAUUACUUUUGUUUUGUGGUUCAUUACAGACACUCAAAUCCGUGGCAGUUGGCUUUGGCCAAUCUCUUUUGGAUGUUAGGCAAUCUGAGGUUUGGUGGCUACUAAGUCGGUGUUGUGAGGUCACUACCUGUUACCAUUUGCAGACCGUGAGGAGGCCCAAUGGGUUCUUGGAUGUUGCUGCCAUGGCUCAGAAUUCUCCUUUGUUCCCUGCUCUUCUGCUGUUACGGCAGUCAAAUUUUUGCAGCAAACACUAUCUCUUCAGGCCAAGCUCUCACGGGGAACCAGACAAUUACCUCCUCGAAAGGCGUAUUUGAGUUGGGGUACGUCUUCCUUGGCAACCCAAAAAGAUACUACCUGGGCAUCCGGUACAAGCAAAUUCCAACCGACAACGUGGUGUGGGUAGCCAAUAGAGACAAACCUCUCCAGGACAACACAGCGGAGUUCAAGAUCUCAGAAGAUGGCAACUUGGUCCUUCUGACACAAUCAAAAGUCAUCUCUUGGUCUACGAACGUGACUUCAACUCCAAGUUCACCUUCAAGAAUUGUUGUCCUUGAAGACAGUGGUAAUCUUGUCCUGAGAGAUGCUAAUUCUUCUGACAAAUUGUGGGACAGUUUCAGUCACCCGACGCAUACUUGGUUGCCUGGUGGAAGUCUGGGACUUAAUAAGGUAACAAAUGAAAAUCAACUACUUACUUCGUGGAAGAAUAAAGAGGAUCCCUCUCCUGGGCCAUUCUCUCUAGAGCUCGACCCAAAUGGAUCUGCUCAAUAUUUUAUAGUUUGGAAUAGGACCCAGCAGUACUGGACCAGCGGAGUUUGGAACAAUCAAACUUUCAGUGGAGUGCCAGAGAUGAGAGCCAACUACCUCUAUAAUUUCAGCUUUGUUGAAAAUGACACAGCUAGAUACUUCACGUAUUCGGUCUACAAUAGCAGCAUCUUGACAAAGUUUGUCAUAGACCUAUCUGGGCAGAUCAAGCAAUUGACAUGGGUCGAAGAAUCACAACAAUGGAUCGUGUUCUGGGCACAGCCAAGAGAUCAAUGUGAAGUAUAUGGUCUCUGUGGAGAUUUUGGGGUUUGUGAUCAGGAUAAGCAGAAUCCUUGCAAUUGCGUUGACGGGUUUGAACCAGCAUCUCCUCAAGUCUGGGGAUUGUCGGAUUGGUCUGGAGGUUGCAGGAGAAAGGUCGCAUUGCAGUGUGAGAGAGAUCAAUUUUCCUUGCAACCGGGGCUGAACUCUCCUGCAAAUAAUAGUACAGUGAGAGUGAACAAUGCCGAGGGUUGUAAAUCAGCUUGCCUAGAAGAUUGUUCAUGUACUGCCUACUCUUAUCAAAAUAGUGGGUGCUUAAUAUGGAAAGGAGGCCUUCUGAAUCUCCGGCAGCAGUCUGUUGGUAAUGAAAACAGUAUUUAUGUUCGUGUUUCUAAUUUGGAGACGCUCGACAGAGUGCUUAAUAAGAAAAAUGCUGCUACUGUGAUUAUUGGAGUCUCGGUAGGCAGUGUUCUGGCUAUUCUAGUGAUCAUUUGGUUGUUGGUUUGGAUAUUCAGAAAGCUCUCAAGCUCUCAGGAUUCAAAGAUGCAGGGAAUGCUAGUAUCUUUUAGAUAUAAAGAUUUGCAAACUGCGACAAAAAAUUUCUCAGAUAAGUUGGGAGGAGGCGGUUUUGGCUCCGUUUUCAAGGGAACUCUGCCUGAUUCAUCAGUUGUUGCUGUAAAGAAACUAGAAGGCCCGAGGCAGGGGGAGAAGCAAUUCAGAACUGAGGUCAGCACAAUCGGGACAAUCCAACAUGUCAAUCUUGUUCGCCUUCGUGGGUUUUGCUCAGAAGGUAUGAAAAGGUUGCUUGUUUAUGAUUUCAUGCAGAACGGAUCAUUGGAUUUCCAUCUGUUUAAUUUCAAUUCUGAACCACUAAAUUGGAGAACAAGAUAUGAAAUUGCAGUUGGGACAGCAAGAGGAAUAAGCUACCUUCAUGAAAAAUGUAGAGACUGCAUCAUACAUUGUGAUAUCAAGCCAGAAAACAUCCUUCUUGAUGCUCAAUUCUGCCCCAAGGUCGCUGAUUUUGGGUUGGCCAAGCUCUUAGGUCGAGAAUUUAGCCGGGUCUUGACAACUUUCAGAGGCACAAGGGGUUACCUUGCACCAGAAUGGCUCUCCGGUUUGCCAAUUACGGCUAAGGCUGACGUUUAUAGCUAUGGAAUGAUGCUGUUAGAGUUGAUCUCAGGGAGGAGAAAUGUGGAGCACUCUGAGGAUGGGAAGGUCGGGUAUUUUCCUACUUGGGCUGCGAACAAAAUUCUUGAGAGCGAAGAGUUUGCGUUGCUUGAUCCUAGAUUGGGAGGUGAAGCGGAUGUGGGAGAGCUCACCAUAGCUUGUAGAAUUGCUAUAUGGUGUAUUCAGGAUGAAGAGAAUUCUAGGCCCUCUAUGGGGCAAGUAGUUCAGGUUUUUGAGAAACUCUUGGAGUUUGGCAAGCCACCUGUGCCGAGGUCUCUUCAGGUUCUCGUGAGCCACCAAGAAAACAUUGUCUUCUUCUCUGACGGAUCUGACAGAAGUUCUAAACUGCAGACCACAGACUCGAGCACUUGUCAGGCUAAAAGUUCCUUUUCAGUAUGACCAGCAUCCAAUUUUCUCUCUGGCCCACAUGUUGCUAAAAGCCUGUUGACUAUGUGGUACUGAUGAUUCUGUCUCAUCGUUUUUAAAGACUUCCUAGCCAGGGUUGUAAUUAUAUAAACAGAUUAUGCUGUAAAUAAAAAAUGUCCAUGUUCUUGGAAGAUUAGGUUCUUAUACUAUCAAAGUAAGUUGUAGUGCAUGCAAACUAGUGAAUGUAUACUUUGAAGUUUGUAGAAUCUGUGCCUUGUUAAAAUAUAAGUAGAAAUUAUACAGGAUAUGAUCUGUUCCUGUUUCGUCAA